AUGUCAAAUCAAGUGAAAAAUGAAGAAAAUCAUGAAAAAUUAUUCCAAGAUAUUGGUCAAAUGGUUGAUGACGAUGAUGAUGUUAAACCAACCGAAAUUGAAAGUUAUUGUGUCAAUUGCGGUGAAAAUGGAAUUACAAAAUUAUUAUUAACAAAGAUUCCUCACUGGAGAGAUAUUGUGAUUAUGAGCUUCAAUUGCGAGCAUUGCGGGUUCAGUAACAAUGAAGUUCAAUUUGCCGGUGCAAUAUCAGAAAAAGGAUGUACAUGCACAUUUACCAUUAAUAAUAAACAAGACUUAAAUCGUCAAUUAGUUAAAUCUGAAACAGCAUCAAUAAAACUUAAUGAGAUCGACCUGGAAAUUCCAGCUACAACAAAAAGAGGUUGUCUUACUACUAUAGAAGGAGUGAUUUCAAGUAUAAUUGAAGAUUUAUCAGUAGAACAACCUGUUAGAAAACAUCAAGACGCUGUAACUUAUGAAAAAAUUGAAAUUAUAAUACAAAAAUUGUCGGAAUAUUUGGAGAAUGAAGAACCCUUUACCAUUACAGUUGAUGAUCCUGCCGGUAAUAGUUAUAUUGAAAAUUUGUGUGCUCCGAAUCCAGAUCCGAAACUUCAAAUUAGACAUUACGUUAGAACACGUGAUAUGGAGAUUUCGUUAGGACUGAAUGUUCCUGAUGAACAAGAAGACGAUCCAGAGAAAACAAAUUCUGGUAGCGAUGAUGAUGUUCCGGAGGUCAUGAAAUUUCCGUCAAAUUGUUCUCAUUGCAACGUACCAUGUGAUACUAAGAUGCAAAUUAUAAAUAUUCCUCAUUUCCAAGAGGUUGUUAUAAUGGCAACAACUUGUGAAGCGUGUGGAUACAAAUCAAAUGAAGUUAAAUCAAGUGGAGGUAUAUCUCCACUUGGCAAAAAGAUUUCAUUAAAGAUUGAAGAUUUAGAAGAUAUGACAAGAGAUGUAUUAAAGAGUGAAACGUGUAGUUUAAGCAUACCUGAAGUAGAAUUAGAAUUGAUGGCUGGUACGCUGGGAGGUCGGUUUACAACCGUAGAAGGGUUAUUAAAACAAAUUCAUGAUGAAUUACAAGAAAAAAUUCCUUUUAUUGUUGGAGAUAGUAUACAAGAUGAUCGUAAAAUUUCUUUUCAAAAAUUUAUUGAUAAAUUAGAUAAGAUUAUUAGUGGUGAGUCAUUACCCGCCACUUUAAUACUUGAUGAUCCUCUUGGUAAUAGUUAUUUACAAAAUCCUUACGCUCCAGAUCCCGAUCCUAAUAUGAUUAUUGAACAAUAUAAAAGAACUUGGGAACAGAAUGAAUUUCUUGGAUUAAAUGAUAUGUCACGUCGUAACCAAAUAUCUUCUGCGCCACCAAGCUCGAUUCUACAACCGCAGCAGCAACAAGAAAGUGUCGAACAAUAUUCUUCUAUAUUACCACAACUUCUUGACAGCCCUGACGUUACUGAGGAACAAAAACAACUUAUUUUAAAACGUGUUCUUGAAGUAAGGUCAAAGUACAAUGCUUUCGUGGAAAGAGACGUUUGUCAAAAGGUGAAAACAAUUUUAUUCGCUUCGGAUUUGACAGAAGAUGAAGCGCGAUUGGCUUUGUCAAUUUGUGAUGAUAAUGAACAAGAUGUACUCAACAGACUUUCUGGAAAGAAUGCACGAAAAUUUCGAAACACGUUAAAACCAGCAUCUCAAGAUGCUGCGAAUCGUAUUGAAGAAAGUAGUUCAAUUUCUGAAGAAGAUUCGGAUCAUUUUGAUUCGUUAGAAAAUAUCACCUUUCCCUAUCGUCUUUUAUCUACACCAACUACCAUUAUCAGUCUUGGUAGUUAUCAUAAAUCGACAGCUGCAUGGUGGUCGAAUCCAGGAUCUUUGUAUCAUCAUCCCAUUCCCAUCAAUUAUAAAGCCAUGCGUGUCGAAAAAAAUAGGACCUUCAUUAUGUCCAUCGAUGAAGAUCCCGAAACCGGGAAUCCUCGUUUCACCGUAACAGAUCAGGCAACAAAUGCUACUUUUGUGGGAAGUACUCCCACAAAACCGUGGACGACAAUUUGUAUUUCGUACAAGGGUUCAAGAACAACUCGUAUCUCAGGACCAUUGUACUUUGGAUUCUCUGAUCCUACGUUGCAACAAUUAUUAACAAACAUGGUUCGAGAAAGUGACAUAAACGAGUAUUAUUAUCGGUUCGUUGGAGAUGGUGAAUCAUUUUGCGCAGAUCGAGAAUGGAAGGAUGAGGAAAGACAACUAAUGUUAUCGGAGAUUCGUCGAUAUUGUGAUAAUAUGACUGUUGGCGAUAAUAUGGAGGGGAUUAGUACAUUCCCAUUUGGACUAGUUGCUCGUAACAUUCCUAAUCGAACAGGAUUUCAAUGUCAAUAUGAGUAUAAUCGAUUGGUUACUUUGGGACAAAUUACUGAAUUUGAUGAUUGUCCGGUGCAAUCAUUACGUGUAAAUUAUGAUAAGCUUGUCAAGUCGUUGGCCUCAAAUGGUCAAAUGAAGCGCGCAAGAAAAUUUUCUGGACAAAAUCAGGUCGAUUCCUGGGUUAAAAAACCCGUCAAUGGACCUAAUCCAUGGAACCCGUUACCAAAUAUGAAAGAUGCGAUCACUUUAGAGCCAAUGAAUGAACCUGCUAUUUCACCUGACGGAUAUGUUUGUGAUUAUCAAACUUGGAUCAAAAUUCUUAGAUCGCCCGAAUCGAAAGAUACUUGCCCGUUCACCAAGAAAUCAUUAUCUCGUCGUCAAUUGAUCAAGUUGACAUUCGAUAACAUUGCAGAGUAUAUGGAUAAAAUACGCGAAUCUUAA